AUGAAAAGCAUCCCUUCGGCAAACCAACGGUUCUGAUCACAUCCUUUUUCCUCCCGCUUAUAUCAACGUCCCUGAUUCAACAAUGCCUUCGUCGCUUUUAUCUAUCUGAUCUUGUAUUAAGAUUCUUCAAUGUGAAGUUUUAGUUUGAGUCUACUCGCCGAGGAUAACCAGAGUCCGUGCCAAAGGGGCUAUGGCGGGAAUGAGUGACUCAGUGUCUAUCAAGGUCCCCUACAGGAACUUAAAGAAGGAAUUGGAGGUUGAGAUGAUCGACGACCCUCAUCUUCGGAUCGAUCUAAAUUCAUCUCCUAACUCUCCUUCAACUUCUUCUUCCUCGCCUCCGUCUAGGGUUCCUAAUGGAAACACUGAUUUAUCGUCGCCGAUCUACGCCGGAUCUAAGGAUUGUAACUUGAUAACUCUGGUUCUUAGUUGUACGGUCGCUGCCGGGGUUCAAUUUGGUUGGGCUUUGCAACUAUCGCUAUUGACACCUUACAUUCAGACACUUGGAAUAGAUCAUGCUUUUUCUUCAUUCAUUUGGCUUUGCGGUCCAAUAACUGGUCUUGUGGUUCAACCUUGUGUUGGUAUUUGGAGCGGUAAAUGUACUUCUAAAUAUGGAAGGAGGCGGCUUUUUAUUCUUGCUGAAGCGCUCAUGAUCUCUCUUGCUGUGAUUAUAAUCGGGUUUUCUGCAGACGUUGGAUACAUAUUAGGUGAUACAAAGGAGCACUGCAGUACAUUUAAAGGUACACGAACAAGGGCGGCCUUUGUCUUUGUUAUUGGGUUCUGGAUGUUGGAUCUUGCUAACAAUACAGUGCAGGGACCAGCACGUGCCCUUUUGGCUGAUCUAUCAGGUCCUGAUCAACACAAUACUGCAAAUGCUAUAUUUUGCUUGUGGAUGGCUGUUGGAAACAUCUUGGGAUUUUCAGCUGGUGCUAGUGGGAAUUGGCACAGAUGGUUUCCGUUCUUGGAAAGCAGAGCUUGCUGUGAAGCCUGUGCCAAUCUUAAAGCAGCAUUUCUUGUUGCAGUGGUCUUUCUCUUAUUUUGUACUAUCAUGACUCUAUGUUUUGCUAAGGAGGUUCCUCUUCCACAACCAGCAGAUCAGCCAGCUCAUUUAUCAGAUUCUGCCCCUUUGUUGGAUGGUUCCACACAGAAGGGCUUGCAACACUCAAAAUCAAAAGCUGAUGCAUCCAUUGUUGCCAAUGAUAAUAGGAACAUUACUGGAAACGGAUAUGAACGAGUGUCAAACUCCAAUCAUGCUAUCUCUAAAGAUAGCAACGCUCAAAAUGAAGUUUUCAGUGAUGGACCUGGAGCCAUACUGGUAAACUUACUGACCAGUUUAAGGCAUUUACCACCUGCAAUGCACUCGGUGCUUGUUGUCAUGGCCCUUAGUUGGCUUUCCUGGUUCCCAUUCUUUCUAUUUGAUACGGAUUGGAUGGGAAGAGAAGUAUAUCAUGGAGAUCCAAAGGGAAAUGCUUUUGAAAUUAAAUUGUAUGAUCAAGGUGUCAGAGAAGGUGCAUUUGGUUUGCUAUUAAAUUCUGUUGUUCUGGGCAUCAGUUCUUUCUUUAUUCAACCAAUGUGUCAAAAGAUGGGGUCGAGACUUGUUUGGGCGAUGAGCAACUAUACAGUCUUUGCCUGUAUGAGUGUUACAGCUAUCAUUAGUUUGGUGUCUGUCAGAGAAUAUUCUCAAGGGAUUGAACACGUAUUUGGAGGAAGUGGAGCAAUCAAGAUUGCCGCUUUGAUUAUAUUUGCAUUUCUUGGCUUUCCUCUAGCUUUUGCAAAGAAAGACAACCCCAUAAGAAUAGCCUUUAACUCCAUCAAUGUAGGCGGUCCCGGACCUGCAGUUUCCUUGAAAUUCCCUAUAGUAGAACCUGAGGAAUCUUUAAGAACUCCUCCUAACCCGCUUUUCUUCCAAUCCCUUGUAGUUACAGCUAAGUUGACUGCCGAUUCUGGUGGUGGCCAAGGUUCAUAA